GACUCCAAUUUUUAGUUCCGCAGAGCGAUCAAGAAGGAGAUCUGGGAAAUGAAUUCACUGGCGCAUGAGAUAGAGGGAUUCUCCAAAGUGCAUUUGAGGAAACAGAGCACCCGUGUGACGACGGUGACGGGGAAGAAACUGUUAGAGACGCGGAACGGUGAUGACUUUCACGUCGCGGAUGAUUUACAACAGGACUGUGACGCGGCUUGUGGGUUUGUACAGGAUCUAAACAUGGAUCUGCAAGUUGGCACCAUCAGACCUUUCCUUUUACUCUCGUCACAGGAUGCUGCUCAUGACAUAGACACUUUAAAGAAAUAUAAGGUAACCCAUGUGCUGAAUGUGGCCUAUGGGGUUGAAAAUGCAUUCCCACAACUCUUCACAUAUAAGACUGUCACCAUAUUAGAUCUUCCAGAGACAGAUAUCACUUCGUACUUUCCUGACUGUUUUGAGUUUAUAAACCAAGCCUCUCAGCAGGGUGGAGUGGUGUUGGUGCACUGUAAUGCCGGUGUGUCUCGCUCUGCUUCUGUUGUCAUUGGUUUCCUCAUGUCCCAGGAGAAGUUAUCAUUUGAAGAGGCAUUCAGUACUGUAAAAUCUGCCAGGCCAUACAUCCAACCAAACCCAGGCUUUAUGAACCAGCUAAAGAAAUACCAUCCAUGAUGCUACACAUGUUAUCUCAGAUUUUAGGCAUUCUGAAUACUUUAUACAUGUGUUUUGGUCAUGUAUACCUUUGUUAAUAAGGUAAUGAGUUGAAUCAGGUGUAUUAGAAAACACCUAGAAUGUGCUAUACAGUAAGAGUCGGACUGAAAACAAUAAAUGCCAACAUAUAUUACAGUUUUUCUAUGUGAUUGGUCUAAAAUGUAUAUUAAAAUUAUUUUAUAUGUAUUUAUUAUAUAUAAAGUAUUGUGCGAAAGUCUUAGGCUAACAUGACAUUAUUAGAUUUGCAAUGGUAUAGUGACCAGAUAUAAUAAUUUUUCAGUAUCUUUAUUAGAAUACAAUCAGAAAAUACAGGAAAUUAUUUUCUGAAAAUUUGUAUGCAAACACUUUAUAAAUUUAUGGGGCGGUUUCCCGGACAGGGAUUAGCUUAAUCCAGGACUAGGCCUUAGUUUAAUUAGGAAAUAUAACUAGUUUUAACAAACAUGCCGGUAACACUUUAGUAUAGGGACCAAUUCUCACUUUUAACUAGUGUCUUAUUAGCUUACAUAUUGGCUGUUUAUUAGUGCUUAUAAAGGACAUAUUUAUGCCUCGUUCUGCAUGACUAUAUUGUACAUCCCUUAACCCAAUCCAAUACCUAAACCUAACGGCUACAACAACUAUCCAAUAAGUGUUCCCCACUGACAUGCCUUACUACAAACAUUACCUGUGUGCAUUUUGAGGCCAAACGAAGGGCACUGAUGUAUUUUAAGAGAUGUAAGUGCAAGUUGUUUUCAAUUUGGACAACUCUUAAAAAUGUUUCAGUCUAGGACUAGUUUAAUCCCUGUCCGGAAAAACCGCCCCAAAGUGUUUGGUUUGAGCUUCACUUACACUUCAGCAAUAGCAGGAACUUCAAGACUCUCUUAUACUUAUUUCUAUUUCUAUGAUUUCAAGACUUCACUUUCCUGAAAAGAGUUUAAGAUGUGCUUAAUGCCAAGAGAGGUCACACUGGUAACACUUUACAAUAAGGUUCAUUAGUUAACAUUAGUUAACUACAUUAAUUAACAUGAACUAAUAAUGAACUGCACUUAUACAGCAUUUAUUCAUCUUUGUUAAUGUUAAAUUCAACAAUUACUAAUACUUUUAUUAAAAUUUUGUUAAUGUUAGUUAAUGCACUGUGAACUAACAUGAACAAGCAAAUAAAGCUUUAUUAAUAUUAACUAACGUUAACAAAGAUUAAUAAAUGCUGUAACAAAUGUAUUGCUCAUGGUUUGUUCAUGUUAGUUAAUACAUUAACUAAUGUUAACUAAUGAACCUUAUUGUAAAGUGUUACCGUCACACUAAAUACUAACAUUUGCCAAAAGAUAUUUUGUUCUGAAGAGGUUUUUUACCUUUUAUAAGGAACUUUUUUCAUUUCUAAUUAAUGGAAAAUGUAUUCAUGCUGUCGCAAUGCUGUUAAUAAAGCGACUUUGGACUUUAUUAAUUUUAAGUAAAUUAUUGGAAAUCUGUAUUGUGAAACAUCUCUUUGAUAUGUCUGAGCUAUUUACAGUAUGCUGUGCGUUUCCACAUUUCAGAAACUGCUCACAUUAGACCAUUUAGUCACAUCUAUUGUGGAAGAUUUUUUAAAAUAAAAAUCCAUAAAAAAUUG